UUCCUCCUCCCAUCUCCUCCGUAGCCCCUCAUCUCACACAGCGACUCACCGAUGUCCGUCUCCGCGUCGUCCCAACCUGCCGCGCAGGCGGCCGGCGGGCCCCAGAUCGAGUACAUGUUCAAGCAGAUCAUGGACGCCGUGCACAAGUCGCAAAUUGAGAUCUCGGAGCUUCGUUCCGAGUGCCACGAACUCCGUCAAGCAAAUGCGAGCCUUGAACGCCAGGUUCGGGAGGGCAUCCAGAGUAACAACAACAGGCUUGGAACGCCUGGCUUCACCACGCCCGCCCCCGGAAGCCCUCAGCUUCGUGCGAAAUCGCCAUUCCUGACCCCGGGUGCCAUCACCUCCCUUGCUGUUCCUCCCAGCAUCUACGUGCCAUCUCCGCUCAGUGACCACAACCUUACCCAGUUUCCCUUCGGCGUACGAGAGAUCCCUGGCUUCUGGGUUGUCAUUCCAGCUGGUGGCGCCGGCACGCGCCUGUGGCCACUCUCCCGCGAGGGCCACCCGAAGUUCCUGCUCGACCUUACUCUCAAGGGAAGGUCGCUCAUCCAGGCUACCUGGGAUCGUCUCCUUCCCCUCUCCUCCGCCUCGCGGACGGCGAUUGUAGCCGGCCCUGCACAUGUUACGAGCAUCAAGGAGCAGCUCCCUGAUCUGCUCGCACACAACUUGAUCUGUGAGCCGAGCGCGAAGGACUCGAUGGCCGCCAUCGGUCUUGCGGCGGCUGUUCUGGCUGUCCGCGACCCGAACGCCAUCAUUGGCUCCUUCGCCGCCGACCACAUGAUUUCCGGUGAUGAUGCUUUCCUCGCCGCUGUGGCUGAAGCCGUUGAGGUCGCGAAGAAGGACUACCUCGUCACCAUCGGUAUCGCGCCCUCGCACCCCUCCACCGGUUUCGGAUACGUUCGUCUGGGCGAGAAGCUCGCGUUCCAGGACGCGCCGAAUGCGCGGCUCGUGUCGAGUUUCAAGGAGAAGCCAGACGCACGGACUGCCGCGGCGUACAUCAAGACGGGAAACUACCGCUGGAACGCGGGUAUGUUCGUGGUGAAGGCGACGUUCCUCAUGGACCUCCUGAAGGAGUACAAGCCCGAGCUGCACGAAGGCCUGCAGAAGAUCGCGCUCGCGUGGGACGACGAGGCGCUCCGCGCGAAGGUGCUUGAGGAGGUCUGGCCCGGGCUUGAGAAGAUCGCCAUUGACAAUGCGGUUGCGGAGCCCGCGGCGAUGGAUCGCAGGGUUGCAGUCGUGCCCGCCACGUUCGGCUGGGACGACGUUGGAGACUUCUCAUCGCUCGCGGACCUCUUGCCCGCCGAGAGCAACCAGCCGCGCAUCCUCGGCGACAGCGGUCUUGUUGUUACGGAGCAGGCCGCUGGCGGUAUUGUUGUCCCUGGUUCAGGCAGGCUCGUAUCUCUUCUCGGUGUGGACGAUCUGGUUAUCGUUGACAUGCCCGAUACCCUGCUGGUCACCACCCGCGCUCGCUCGCAGGAGGUGAAGCGGCUCGUGAAGAAGUGUCGCGAGGCCGGCUGGAAGCAGCUGCUGUAAACCGAGCCCUCCUCGACGCGCCUCCCCGCCGCCAUGGCUAUUGGCUGGGCGGCGUCGGGCAACGCACGGCGCGCAUGUGUUUGUGUGAUGUUAUGGACAAUGAUGGCAAGGACAGGUGCACGAUUUCUUGGUUGGGCGCGGUGGGAGCGGCGUAAUGAACUACGAACUACUAAAGAUAUCCGGAGACAGACAGUCGCUAUAUCCCACAGCGAGCACGUAUAUUAUUACCCUGGACUUCGCUAUCAUUAUGUCGUCCCGUAAUCCACAGUCUACCCUCAGUAGUACAACUCUUAUUUAUCACGGUGUGCUUGCCUGAAUAGCGUCCACGAUGGGCGAUCCUUGCUAUGUAUAUUCCGAUGACUCCGCC